AUGCCCGCCAGGCUUCGUGGCCUUUUCGCUCUCAUUGCCCAGGAAAUAACGACGGCCGGUCAUUCACCCUGCGCCGAGGACCAGACAAUAUUGCUGACCAAGGAGGGCCGCAAACCUGCUCAGUCGGUGCUGAGAACCUAUCCGAGGCCCUGGCACCGCCGCGGCCGUUCAAUAGUGCUAGUGCACCCCAGCUGGGGCGCCCGGGGCCUCUCGGGCCUGGAUGGCAUAGACGUGAAUGCGCUCGAGAUGGCUGCAGUCCCCUGGCGCCCAGUCUGGCGCAUACUGUCCUGGGGCACUCAUAUUCACCCCAAACCCCAGAGACAGCCCGCCGCACGCUACCGUCUCGCACCCUGUAGCUUUACCGCCGACACACCUCGGCUGCAAUACCCUCCAGCAUCUUGUCCCGCCCGACAAACAGGUCAGACCAGCCGGACAGCUGCGCCAAGGGCAGUCAGGGCUAGUCCGGGCUGGGACGAGGCUGUAGAUCCCAAAGCUUGUGUGAGACCUCAAGGCUACCACCUCCGUCAUCUCGAGCUUCAGCCUUGCCCCAAGGUCAAGGCCUUGAACGCACUAGAGCCCUUCCUUGCGCUCACCAAGUCGGCGACCUCAACCCGCGCCGCAGCAGAUCUGGUCACCAGGGCCACCUCGGCACAGGGCACCUAUGUGUUUGCAGAGCUGCUUCAGGCGCCACAGAUCCAGGCCCUUGCCCAGUCUCCAGAGCACGCCCCAUACUUCACUCAGCUCGAGAUAUUCUCCUACGGCACGUACGCGGACUACACGGCAGCCACAAGCCUCCCCGCCCUCAACGAGCAGCAGACCCUCAAGCUGCGCCAGCUCUCCCUCUUGACCCUCGCCAAGGACCCCCACAAUCUCAGCUACUCGUCCCUGCAGUCGGCGCUCGGCCUGUCGGACUCUCGGGCGGUGGAGGAGCUCGUCAUCAGCGCCAUCUACGCCGAUCUGAUCUCGGCCCAGCUAGAUCCCCGCAACCAAGCCGUCCACGUAUCCUCGGUCUCGCCCCUGCGCGAUCUGGCGCCGGGCUCCAUCCCGUCGGUCCUCGCCAGCCUCCAGGCCUGGUCGAGCCGAUGUACCUCCACCCUCGCUGAUCUCGAGAGCCAGAUCGCCGCCAUCAAGGCCGCCGCGGCGGCACGCCACAGCGAGAAGAAUGCGUGGGCCGAGGUCACGGAAAAACUGGUGGCGGAGGAGAUGAGCUCGGAGGGCAAGGGCAAGGAGGGUGCCCAUAGCCGCAAUCAGACCAACCUCAUCAGCCGGGCCACGGCGGCCCUGAACCGUCAGCGCUACGGCAAGCGGGACAGGGGCGCCAGCAGCCAGGAGCACGACCCGGCGGACGAGGAGGUCAUGGACGUCGAUGACGAGGACGAGACCGAGGCAGCGGCCGACAGCAGCGGCGGUGUGGCCGGUAAGAAGCGGGCAAGCCGGCGGAAGCUGUAG